CUCAUAAUUAUUGCGAAAUUCUUGAGUUUUCCGUUCUUUUGUCUCAUUCUUGGUUCAAAUGCUUUGUCAAACACCUCUCUUGUCUUCCAUUCGUGUCCUCCGAGUGCUUCCUUCGCGCACUUUGGCCACUUUUACCACUUUUACCGCUGAAUCGGUUGAAACCUGUUGCGAACCAAGUGUUCGACAAAUUCGCGAUGAAUUCAUGCGUUUUGGCGGCGGAUCCGUUGAGUUGCGUCUUAACAAUGCGACGGGAGUGGCCAGAAUCGAAUUGAGAAAUUUCGGGCGGAAAAACGCUUUUUCGGGUCGAAUGAUGUCUGAAUUUGCCGAUACUUUGGAUUCGCUGUCCAACUGGUCUCAGGGAAAAGCAGUCGUUAUUCACGGUUCGAACGGAUUCUUCAGUUCCGGCGGUGAUUUAGAAACCGUUAGACAAAUCGCUAAUCCUUUUGGCGGCCGAAAGAUGUCGCUUCUGAUGCACGACAAUCUGACACGCCUUCAGUGUCUCCCUCUUGUGUCCGUUUCUCUAAUCGACGGAAUGGCAAUCGGCGGCGGAGCAGAAGUCGCUUCUUCGACUGAUUUCCGAUUAAUGACUCCAAACGCGCGCUUCGGCUUCGUUCACGUCAGACUCGGGAUUGUGAGCGCGUGGGGCGGAGGACAGCGUUUGGUGGAAAUUGUCGGCCAAAAGACGGCUUUAGAUCUUAUGUUAACCGCAAAACAAAUUGAUCCCAAAGAAGCUCUUCGACUCGGUCUUUGCGAUGCAAUUGUGGACGAAGAAGACGCCAUCGAAGCGGCCGUGAAGUGGACUCAGAACAAAGUAAUGGUAACUCAAGACUGCGUUCGAGCCGUAAAACAAGUGGUAAACGCGGGAAAACAUCGAAACAGGGAUUCCGCGCUCAAACACGAACUCGAAGAAUCGGUUCAACUCUGGGGAUCAACUGAUCACUUGAAAGCCUUGAAAGCAAACAUUAAACACAAAUAAAUUGAGAAAAAAUGUCAAAAAUUUC